UCCUGCCAGCUAGUGAAUGCUGCUACUGGAGCUGCCGUACCCUGCAGAGAGCCCUGUGUGUGUGUGAAUGUGUGUAUGUGUGAGUGUGUGUGUGUAAUUCUAUGAGUGUACGCAGAUGGGAAAGCAACUGAGUCAGGGAGGGCUGCCUCUCAUCUCUCCGCUGUUAUCACCAUCCUUCACUCUCCCUCCUCUCCUCCUCUGCUGCCAUGGAGCUCCAGCAGGCUGAAUCACAACAUCGUCUGCAGAAAGGGCUGAGCAGGUAGAUGUGUGUGUCCCUGUGGUGCUCUGUCGGACCAGUAUGGAGCGUGGGUGUCUGAGAAGGUGGGCAUCAGGCUCUGCUGUCGUGUUUCUUCACACACUGGCCUUAUCCUGGACAGGUGCAAUUGAGCCUGUCCCCAAAAUUGAUGGAUGGCACCGGGCAGCUUUGACACUGCAGGAGAACAUGACACACCGGUUCAACUGCCAAUCAGAUGGCUGGGACCCACACGCCCCUGCACUGCUCACUUGGUAUCUGAAUGGGCAGCAGCAGAGAGCGCCAUCUCCCAAACGUGGGCGCCUGGUGAUGACACCAAAGGAAGAAUCUGAGGUCACAAGACGGGUUCAUAAACAUAACAGCACCUUCUCUCUGCACGCCAGAAAGUGGCACAGGGAGCUUGUGUGUGUGGCGUCAAACCCAAUGACAGGAGAGAGCUACAACGCCACGGUCACUCUCAAUGUUCAGUUUCAGCCAGAGAUCCUCAAGAUGAAUGCCCACUACAGUGAAAUCUCAGACCCUGGCCUCUCCCUGGUCCUCUUUGCCUUGGUACAGUCCAACCCACCUGCCACCCUCACCUUUGUGGACCACUCCGGCCAGCCGGUAGCCAACACCUCAGACUUCCUCAUCCUGGACUCGCGUAGCUACCCCUGGCUGACCAAUCACUCGUUGAGGGUCAUGCUCAGUAGCCUGUCAGGAAAUAUCUCGCUGAAUGCCAGUAACAGUAUGGGGACAGUGCAGAGCAACCUCACACUGGCAGAGUUCCUGCAGUCUCGCGUGGAGGUGCCCAUGCUGGGAAUAGUAACUGGUGGGGCCAUGGCCUUCAUGGCCCUCCUCAUCCUCAGUCUCAUAGUCCUCUGCCUCAUGCAAAAAAACAAGAGCAAGUGCAUAGAUGAGCCGGUGGAAAUUCUGAUGACCAAGAAAAGUGACUCCACCAUCCUGAAGGUGGAGAAAGCAGAUAAGACCCACAUCCCCCGAGAUAACAUGUCUCUGCCUUCAAACAUGCAGCUCAAUGACCUCAGCACCUUGAGGAAAGCCCGAGAGGUGGCCCAGCAAAACAGUGUGGGAGAGAAGAGAGUAGAAGAGGAGGAGGAAGAUCUGUCUUUAGCCUACGCCGCAAGAGGUUUUGCCAGAUACCCAAUGGUGGGCUACAUCUACAAGGUGAACAGCACAAGCAGUGAGGAGAUCUGGCUCUGACUGACCUCAGUGUUAGAGACGGACAUGCACACAUAUACUGUACAUGCAUGCAAAAUACUUACAACAGUGCUGCUCUCCAAGAGGGAACAAAGAACAACUGCCAAUCAGCCGAUCAUCAGUCAUCAGGAAGACGAGGAAUCAGAAACUACAACAUCCAGUGUUAAAAAUGCUCUGACAAGUUCAUCCUUUAACAGAAGUGUCUUGUUCACAAAUCAUUAAACCGUGUCAGUGUUUUUGUCUUUCUGGAUCAAGUGCUCUGGUCGAUACACUGCUGAUGUGUUGUCUCAAAAAUCCAAAGUAUAAACUCGACAUAAAAUGCUUCUGUUCUUUAUCUUCUACAUCUUUUCCUCCUGUAUCCUCACGCUCAUAACGUCCCCCCUGUUGCAUUACUGGAAUGCAUUAAAUGUUCUAUGCUUACACCAGAAUGUGCAAGGUAAUGUACUGUAUGUGAGAUUUAACAGUUUAACAGACCAGUAAUAUCUGAAUAAGAUGGAAUUUAAUUAUAGAUAUUUGUAUAUGAACAUGUAACAUGUCAUGUACUGUAUAUUUGUAUGCAUAUGUAUAUGUGUAUAAAAGAGGAUGUCUAAUAAAGAUAAUAUUGAUAUUGUAUGAAGUG